GCAGCAACAUGAACAGCGUCCACGCAGCCCUCCCAGUCCUCCUGGCCUUCUUACUCAGUGUCCACCAGGGAGUCACCAUUCGGAGCAGUGAUGUGGCCAAGUUCUGCUGCUUCCAGUUCAGCAACAGGGUCAUCCCCAGGAAACUGGUCCACGCGUUCGAGUUCACGCAGAGCAGCUGCCCCCAGCAGGCGGUCAUAUUCAUCACCAAGAGGGGCCGGAAGAUCUGCGCGCACCCGAAGAAACCGUGGGUGCAGACGUACCUCGCUUCCCUGAAGGGCCAGCAGCAGCUGUGAUACUGUUGCCCACGGC